AUGGAACAGGACAAUGUACCAAAAGCACUACGGAUAUUAGAGCGUGCAAAGUACCAGUACGCACUUGGUGCAACUGCAAACGCGAAAAAGCUAGGUAUAGAGGCAAUCAAUCUAUUGAAUAGUGUGUUAAAAGAUGGUGCCCAUGAUAAGGUCAUUUUGAAAGAAAUCUGCAAUGAUGCCAUAGAAUUCUAUCAAAAUAUUUCAAAUUCAAAGUACCUAACAUUUGAUGAGAAACUGACAUGGUUGAGCUCCAGCGUAAACGGUGGAUUUUUCCCUCCAGCAAUUUUAAAACACUCGUUUAUAGCUGAUGAGGAAUUGAAUGAUGAGCUUCAUCUAUCCGAAGAUCAAACGGCGAAGCUCACAAGCUGGAAGUCGAUUAAUAACGACAAUGAUUGGAGUUUAGAUGGAAUUGACCACCUUUAUCAAGAUUAUUUACAAGAUUGUUCAUUUGUUGCAUCCUUAAUUUCCCUCUCAAAGUUUAACUCAAAGCUGCUACUCAAUACAAUAUAUCCCCACAAAUCUUCGAAGAGGUAUGGUGUUACACUGCAUUUUAAUGGUUGUCAGAGGCUUGUUGAAAUUGGGGAUCAACUCCCAGUGUUGUCCAAAGAAUGUCUUUAUAUCAAGUCCAGAAGCAAUGAACAUCUGCUGUGGGUUUCACUUAUAGAGAAGGCAUACUUGAAAGUUCAAGGCCAUGGCUACGAAGCUAAGGGAUCAAAUGCUAGUAUAGACACUUAUGUAGUAUCCGGAUGGAUACCACAAUUCAUACACGCGGAUCAAAGAGUUGAUUUAAAUUCACUAUGGGAAGAUUUAUAUGAUUCGUUCCAAAAUAACAGGCUUGUGCUCUCAUUAGGCACAGGGAAACAUUCCGAAUAUUAUUAUCCAAAUCAUGAUUACUCAAUCUUGGAGCUUGUUGAAAGUACAAGGUCAAUAGUCAUCAAAAAUCCUUGGGAAGAAAGUAUAAGGGCUGUGAAAUUUGAAGAGUUAUUUGAUCAUUUUGAAACUUUAUACAUCAAUUGGAAUCCAUCGAACUUUAUUCAUACUCAGAUGAACUUUAUUUGGACGUACAAUGAUGAUAUCUUUUUCAACAAUCCACAAUUCAGUGUCACUAAUGACAACCCCGCAACAGUUGAAGUUUGGAUACUUAUAGAAAAGUUUAUGGGAUUUGAACAAUCAUCUAUCAAUGUUUUAGUAUACCAAAGUAACGGCCAAAAGUUAUUUUCGAAAGGGAAAUCUCUGGUCUACAAUUCAUCUAAUAAUAGUGGCUUCCAUUUAUCAAAGUUUAAGCUUGGUGCAGGGCAGAGUGCUACCAUAGUUGUCACAAAUGAUUCAAAACAAACCCAAAACUUCUCAAUUCAUGCAUACUCAUCGAAAAGGGUAUCUUUAACUAAAGCCAAAGCGCAGUAUCCGUUUUUGAAAAGUAUUAAAGAUGAGUGGGAUGUUGAUUCAUGUGGUGGUAAUUGGUCUCAUCAGAGUUAUGUCAAAAACCCACAAUAUCAAAUUGAAGUACCCGAAGCAGGACAAGAUGUCGAAGUUAUUUUUGGAUUGUUCUCAAACAAAGAUGUCCUUUUGAAUUUGCAGUUGUAUUGGGAUGAUGAUAAACCAUUCAGUGAAAAAGCGUCGUUAAUUCAUGAGAAAUACCAUGCUGGCUCUAUGACAAAAUGCAUAAAGUUGAAAAGCGGGCAAAAAUAUAAACUGGUGAUGUCAACAUAUGACACUGAUAUUCUAGCACCUUUUAGAUUAUUGAUCAAUUCAAACGUUGGUCUAUCUAUUCAAAAGUUGUCCAGCAGACUUGGUCUUUUUCUAAGAACUUUUAAAUUUGAUUGGAACAAUAAGAAUAGAUUCAAGCUGAAAUUUCAGGUGAAACGUGAAACUCCUGUCAAAGUUCACAUAUGGACUGAUAAUCUCUAUUCAAGUUACAGACCCAAAAUUCGUGCUAGUUUAUUCUAUUCGGAUGGAAGACCAAUUCAAAUUAACACCGAGUUUGAUGAUUCAAUUUAUGGGAUUUGGCUAAAGAAAGCAAUCAUCUCACCUACUGAUAGUGUGAUAUUGCUGAUAGAAAGAUUUGAAGUUGGAAAUGAUGAGAUGUCAAUCGAAAUAGGAUCAGAUCAAAAGAUUGAAGUCUUGACCUAA